CAGUGGAUACGCAGCCUGAACGCAAAGGCGCGCUUUAGGGCGGAAGCGGGAGUCCCCGGCUGCACGUGGGGUCUGGGGCGGUGGAGGGGGCGAUGCAGGCUGACGCCAAGAUCCGCACAGAGUCCGCGACAGAGUCCGGCCCACGGGGCCCGAGCUGCAGCCUCCGGCACUUUGCUUGUGAACAGAACCUUCUGUCUCGGCCUGAUGGCUCUGCCUCUUUCCUGCAAGGGGAUACAUCGGUCCUGGCGGGCGUGUACGGACCAGCUGAGGUGAAGGUCAGCAAAGAGAUCUUCAACAAGGCCACCUUGGAGGUGAUCCUGAGACCGAAGAUCGGGCUGCCUGGCGUCGCAGAGAAGAGCCGGGAGCGGCUGAUCAGGAACACGUGUGAAGCUGUGGUCUUGGGAACACUGCACCCCCGCACCUCCAUCACUGUGGUGCUGCAGGUUGUCAGCGAUGCUGGCUCUCUGCUGGCCUGUUGCUUGAACGCCGCCUGCAUGGCGUUGGUGGACGCGGGGGUGCCCAUGCGGGCCCUCUUCUGUGGCGUCACCUGCGCUUUGAACGCGGACGGGACCCUUGUGCUGGAUCCCACGGCCAAACAAGAGAAGGAGGCCCGGGCCGUCCUGACCUUGGCGCUUGACAGCGUGGAACGGAAGCUGCUGAUGUCCACCACCAAGGGGCUCUACUCCGAUGCUGAGCUCCAGCAGUGCCUGGCUGCGGCCCAGGCUGCCUCGCAACACGUCUUCCGCUUCUACCGGGAAUCGCUGCAGAGGCGUUACUCCAAGAGCUGAGACAAGCCAGGGCAGGGCACCUUUCCCGCCACCGCUGCCACCACCCACUACCUCCGUGGAAAAUAAACCAGCAGCCGGC